AUGUGGCUUGUGAUCGAUCAAUAUAGUUUUCGGCACCUGGACCAGGUGGCAAGUAAUAAUUCUGGUUUGGAAAUUUUCGGACAGUUCCACCACAUUCUGGCGUCACCUUCGUCUGAUCCUGGAGGCUAUUGGAGCCGCUGCAAGUCGGAUCCUGGUGGAUGCAGCGCAACACAGAUCGCAACCCUCCAAGGACUGAGAAGUGGAAUGUUUACAUCUCUGAGACAGUCUGAAAGCAAACCGAAGGCAGGGGUGUUCAUCAACUCCUGCUUCGCGCAUUGCCAGAGUGAGCUGCAGGACACAUGGUUCGCACCAAAUUCUCCAUCCAUAGAUAACAAGAAAAUUGCAGAGGUGGUAGGUGAUUGGUACUUUGAAAGAGGAGCUGCCGUGGAGAUUGACUGCGCCUAUCCCUGUGAUUCACAGUCUUGUCGCAACCUUAUACCAAUUGAUAAGGAACUGAGGAUGUAUUAGGAGUUCGACAGACGAUUAUACUCAAUUAUCAUCAUAAUAAAAAACACUCUUCUAAUUGUUGAUGAUGUUAUGUUACUUGCAUCAGAUAGCAAACCACCCUAUUGUACAAUCUGUUGGUGGAAACAUGUUUGUGUUGUGCGUUCCAGGUUGUCUGUUUCUUGGUAGCCUUUUUUGGCUGAAUUGGUGAUAUACACAAAAUCUAUUUACUUGUUAGAGUAUACUUUGUAUUGCACCCCUGAUAUCCAGGCCA